GGUUGAGAUAGGUACCAGUACCAGCAGGGGACCACUAUAUAAAGGCUGACAUAGUUUAGAAGAACCAGCAGUUGCUGGUCUUUAGCAUCCAGGUCUUACACAUUGAACGACACAAAUAAUCAUGUCUCACGCUUGGGGUUAUGGAGCACAAGACGGGCCAGAAAAUUGGGCAGAAAGCUUUCCCGUUGCAAACGGACCCAGACAGUCUCCCAUUGAUAUCGUACCCACCCAAGCACAACAUGACCCUUCUCUGAAGCAACUCAAAUUGAAGUAUGACCCCGCCACCACUAAGGGCAUCCUCAACAAUGGCCAUUCAUUCCAAGUGGAUUUCAUUGAUGACGACAACAGCUCAACUCUGGCUGGAGGUCCCGUGAUAGGGAUAUACAGGUUGAGACAGUUCCAUUUCCACUGGGGAAGCAGUGAUGACAAGGGCUCAGAGCACACUAUUGCUGGAACCAGGUUCCCCUGUGAGCUUCAUCUCGUUCACUGGAACACCAAGUACCCAAACUUUGGCGAAGCUGCCAGUAAGCCUGAUGGCCUUGCUGUGGUUGGAGUUUUUCUCAAGAUUGGUUCCGCCAAUCCAAGGCUUCAGAAAGUUCUAGAUGCUCUUGAUGACAUCAGAUCAAAGGGCAGACAGACUACAUUUAGCAACUUUGAUCCUAAAACCUUGCUGCCCGCCACUCUGGAUUUCUGGACUUACGAGGGGUCUUUGACCACACCUCCUCUUCUGGAGAGUGUCACCUGGAUCGUUUUGAAAGACCCAGUCUGUGUUAGUCCUGCUCAGAUGGCUAAGUUCCGUAGCCUGUUGUUCACAUCUGAAGGAGAGGCACCUUCCUGCAUGGUUGACAACUUCAGACCCCCUCAACCUCUCAAGGGACGCAAAGUCCGUGCAUCCUUCAAGUAAACAGCAGUAUCGAUGCCACAACCCUCCCACUGCCUUCUGAUCAUGGUGCUUUUAACUGGUUCACAAAAACAUUACCAGUGAAAUUGCUACUGAAAUAUCCCAAUCCAGGCCCUUGCUUACAUUGCAGUGUUGAUAACAAGAAAGCUGUAUCUGAUCUUCUAAAACUGUCUAUUUUUGUCAUAAAUGCUUAUAUUAUUAUUUAACAUGAGAAAUAGUAUUAAAAUGCUUAUAUACUCAGUGCUUAAUAACAAUGGCAGCCCCAGCUCUAGAAACAGUGGUUUGUUACCUACAUUUCCUUGCAGUUUUAUGUAAACUGGACAAAUGGGAAACUAUUUAACUUCCAAAUUAUCCCAGUCCAUCUUUGAUCGCUCCACUUCGUGCUUUAUUUCUAGCUAUGCAGAACUGCACUAUACUCCAUGUUAUUCAAUAGGAAAGACAUCAUGGUUCUUUUUGUGUUUAUGGCAAUGGAUGCAUAUCAGUUAAAUGUGUAACUGAUCGGAUGUGUUGAAGCUGAAAUACCUGCAGGAAAGCACUUAUUAACAGCAAUAUGUUGUUGUUAAAGUGUUUUAUUAUUUGUCAAGAAGAAUUUCAAGAGAUUAGCUUUUAAAAUUGUUUCUAAGAAUGUUGUACCAUGAUGUUCUGCCUUAGA